UCGCAGUCAUGGUGAAAUUUUGGUGAUAGUCAACACCGAUUGGAAACCAGGUGGAGUUGUUUUGUUUAGAUUUUAAAGGAACCUGCCACAGAUGUCAUCCUCAAACAAAGAAGCCUCAUCCGCUACCGAGCCGGAGGACAGUGGCGAUGACGAGACCCAGAACGCCAUUCGGGAUGACCUGAAGGGUAUGUCGUUCGAGGAGAUCAUGAAGCUGAAGGAGGAACUAGGUGCCAAGGUGUACAAGGAGGCAGUGCUGGGCGGCCAGAGCUCCAAGGAGACUGCUCGAAAACCAAAACCCAGAACGGAGCUUAAGCGCCUCAACAAGAACCGACCCCGCGAAAUGAGCUCCAGGCGCCAGGUGCCCUUUCUGGGCGCCGACCAGCGGGCGGAGCGCAAGAAAGGCGCCACCGAGGUCCGAGAUCCCCGCUUUGACGAGAAGUCAGGUACCUACAACGCCGACACCUUCAAGAAGAACUACCAGUUUGUGUCGCAAAUCCGCCAAAAGGAGGUGGGCAAACUCAAGAAGCAGCUGGACGAGGUGGAGGAUCCCCAGGAGAAGCACCAAAUCAAGCACACCAUGCAGAGGCUAAUCAAUAAAAAUGUGGAGGACAAGCGGUGGCACACAAAGCAGAAGAAGCUGAAGAAGGAGCUCGCCGGCAUCCAAAAGAAGCAUGACCAAGGACAGCAGCCGCACUACCUCACAAAGAAGGAACGCCGCGCCAAGGAGUUGGUGGCCCAGUUCGAGCAGCUGAAGAGCGCAGGAAAACUGAACAAGCACCUGGAGAAGAGGCGGAAGAAGAACGCCGCCAAGGAUCGCAAACGCAUAGGCGUUCUAGACUAAGUUCAUCCUUUAAGAAUAAAUUUAUUUCUGAAAAACACA